GCUUUUUGCCGGGGGUCUGACAGCCCGGGUUUCUUUGGCAGAGUUGCGAUUGAGCAAUGGAAGCUGCCUGAGACGCGCUCAGCUGAGCGCUCAGCUCGUCGGGCCAAAGCCUCUGCCAUCCGGGCUCAUGGCCAAGGCGAAGGCCAAAGGCAAGCCCAAAGCCGAGGCCAAGGCCGGCGAAGGCGGAAGUGGCGGCAACGGCGGAAGCGCCAAAUGGCUCCUAGCCGCCGGUGCGAUCCUGGUGCCUGUUCUGGGGCUGCUCGCUGGAGGCUUCGGCCAGGAGGUUCCGGGCCGCGAGGCCAAGGCUGAGACGCCAAAAGCAGAGGCAACAGCUCAGGAAGGCCUGAGCUGGAACCCCAAGACCCUGUCGGUGGUGCUGCCGUGUGCAGGGGAGGGCCUCUUCGCCAAGAAGACCGUGAUCUCGGUGGCCAAGUCCGUGCCGGGCGGCAUCGGGGGCGGCAUUCUGGAGGAGAUCAUCGUGGUGGAUGAUGGGAGCACGCCGCCACUCAGUCAGGACUUUCUGACGGAGAAGUUCCGCAAGAAGUAUCCGCUGACGCUGGUGCGCCACGAGGAGGCGAUAGGCCUCAUGGGCGCCAAGUCCGCAGGAGCAGCCGAGGCGCGCGGGGACGUCAUCGUCUUCUUCGACUGCCACGUGGCGCCGCAGGAUGACUGGUACCGACAGUUCCUGGACUCCGUGGCACAGAACUACCGCCGCAUCGUGAUGCCGGUCAUCACCAACCUGGAUAUUGAUACCUGGAAGGAGACCGAGCGCAACCAGGGCUUGGCAAAGUGCUACCUCACUUGGGAUGCCGACUUCAAGUGGGUCGAAAGCGCCUCGCCCUUCAUGCCGGUGCUCUCUGGUGGGCUUCUGGGCAUCUCCCGGAGGUGGUGGAACGAGACCGGAGGCUACGAUGACGGCAUGUCUGGCUGGGGCGGCGAGAACGUUGACCAGUCGCUGAGAUCAUGGCUCUGCGGUGGCGAGAUCGUCUCCCUCUCCAACGCCUACGUCGCGCACAUGUGGCGAAAGCCGGAGGAUCCGCGGACCAAGAAGAACUACGCGGAGUCUGCCCUGGACAGCAUGAAGAACAAGGCGCGCGCGGUGCUCGCCUGGUACGACGAAUACCGGGAGAAGGCGGCAGAGUACCCGGCCAUGCAGUACGUGGGUCUGCUGGAGGGCGGGAAGGCGGAUCUCAAUAGGGAUGUGAGCAACUUUGACGAAGUCAAGGAGCGCUUGCACUGCAAACCCUUCGCCUGGUUCCUCUGGCGGUUCCGCGACAUCUACGUGGAGGGCGGCCUGGUGCCCAGGGAGGUCUUCAAGCUGCGGGAGGUGAAAACCGGCAAGUGCCUGACGUUCCUGGGCCCCAUGGGUACGCACCCCCGCGGGCAAGCUGCCGCGGCGCUGCUCCCCUGCGACAUGCCGCUGGCAAACAUGCGCAUCCAUCCCGAGGGCCAGAAGUGGCAUGCUCGGAACCGGGACCCCUCCAGCGGCAAGUGCUGCUCCUCGAUCGGGAGCUGGAACACCGACCAGUGCCUCUUGCAGCCGACCCAGGAGGGCAGCGUGAGCACGGUGGUCUGCGACGUCUCGGGGCGCCAGGUGCCGCCCUGGCGCCUCUUGCCGGACGACGGCUCAGGAGCCAAAGCGCAGCUGGCCUUUGGGAGCGGCAACCAGGCGAAGUGCCUCAUCGUUGACAAGAAGGGCGGGAUGAUGCAACUAGGACCCAGUUUGGAAGCCCCCAAGCUGAAGCUUGCCGCGUGCAAAGGAACUGGGCGCUGGGAGAAGGUGGGGGCGGAGGAGCCCAUGGAGACGCGGCUCUACCGGGAGGCUCAGGAGAAGCACGCGGCGCUGUUCACGGUCUGAGAUCUCGGUCCUUGGAUCGGCCUGAGCCCACUGAACCGACGGAAGUGGUCGGCCUCUG